CAUUCGCGUCAGAAUUCGCAUCGCCAUGACAGAUCCCAGCCGAGUGCACUAUUUUCGCGACCUCCACAUCAAGGGCAUCAACUGGCGACCGACUCACUUUGUCGACGAAGUGCCCGUUUCCCGCUUGUGUGCGCUGUGCCUCACGAUUCCAAGGAGAACCAUGCUGUUGCCAUGCGAACACUUUUUAUGCGAGAAGUGUUUCGCAUUCAAAUCCCAUGACGGCUUUGGCCUUUGUCCUUUGGAUGAAACUUUUUUCGAAGAAGCGGAAUGUGACAGUUACGAUCUGCCCAUCACAGCAGCAAAAGCCUUUCAGGUUUACUGCUGGAACAAAGAUCAUGGAUGCGACUUCAAGGGCGCUUUGAAAGACAUGCUGAAACACUGCCGCAACGAUUGCGCAUUCCGCUCAUGCGACAAUUUGCAAUGCGGCGAAGCAGUUGUGAACGAGAAAAUUGGGACUCGCCAGGUAGCCGAAUGCAGCACAACUGUUUCUUCAGCGUGCACAGAGAGCAUGUCGUCAGAUUGUGGAGCACUGACACUACAAGACGUCAGAAAUGCCCUAAACGAAGUAGAGACGUCAUUGAUGAAACCGAACCAGGACAAGGUACCACCUGCUACAGAGUGUCGCAUGAACGAGCUUACGGAACAAGCCGGGAACCAGGAGUCCAGGUUGGUCGAAGCUGCUGGCGAAGUCGGAUCAUCUGUAGCUGCAGAGACUGCUCAACCCGCGGCCACACCAUCCCCGACUGUCUCGCAGGAACCAGCUUCUCGGCUAAAUCCAGCGGAAGAAGCCAGUGUGUCACAAUCGUCAGCAUCCUGUUCGCAGAAAAUGCUCAGAAAGGAAGAGCCCGAAAUCUUUUCCAUCAUUUCCCGUAAUCUUCUGACGAGGAUGCAGAAAACUUCCACGGAAGAUUUCCCGCAGCAUUGCAUCGACCCAGUCAACCUACCCAGAGGCGCAUGUCGCUUAACGUUGACGAAGCCGCUGUCCACAACACGCACGUGGAAAGUGCUGGGGACGGCGACGUAUGUUAUCACCUUCGAAAACUGUCCAUUUUUACUCACGGAAAGUCGCACGACCGCUUUGUACCGUCACAGUGUUGCAUACGAGGGAUGCAAGCUUCACCCUUUGGGUACGCUCCACUUUCCAUUGUUUGUUGGGCCAUGGACUGAUUGGGACGAUUGACUUUGUUGGAGUGGUGUUGGGUGCUCGGUGUUUGCUGCCUUCUUUUGACGUCUCUCUGCACAACGAGGAACGAGAGGAAACAAUCAGCGUUCAUAUAAAACGCCGGCUGUCAUUUGCGAUGACGCUGGAGUUACAAGGCUAAAGUUUCAGUGCGUAUUCGAAAUACCACCUGCUGAUUUUCGACGCGCUGGUUGCUACAGUAAUGAAAGGGUGGGCCUUCAAAUUGUUUUAAAGCAAGAAGACAACACGCAUGACGCCCCCUUGAGCUGCUAAACUAGAAUCUUAUCAUCUUUUACUUUCAUGCUAGUGCUUUUUUUCUUUUACACGUCAGACACUGCUAUCGAGGAAUAAAAAAAAUCUACUCCUUUGG